UUCCUCUUUGACCGUCUUGCUCAGUAACUACCAGCAAUCUCCUUCCAGUCAGCUUCAUUCCAGCAUGUCCAAGGUGCCCCUUGUGCUGCUGUUUGUCAUCCUGGGACUGGUUGGGCAUGUACAUGGAGCUGUGCUGAGAAAUGAAGACAAUUGGAAGCCACUCAGCAACCCUAGAAACCGUGACCUGUUUUUCAGAAGUCUUCAGGCGUAUUUCAAGGGCAGAGGUCUUGAUCUUGGAAGGUUUCCAAACACUUUCUCCGUGAAUGAGAAUCCCAGACCCCUCUCUUUCCAGUCGGAUCUUAUUGCCUCUGCAUUUGCUGACUAUGAAGAGCAGAAAAACUCCUUUUCCAGUUAA